UGCUGUCCGGGCCAGGGAAACCUUCCCUGGUCUUUACUUCCUUCAGGUUUCUGCUGCCAUCUAACCUCCUCUCUAAGCUCCUUCUCGGAAGGAGAGGCUGUACAGGGGGCACCCACUCUGGGGCCCUUCCCUGAGUCCACACCACCUGUGCCUCUUCCUGGCUGUGUGCUCUGGAGCAAGUGUCUUCCCCACUCUGAGCCUCAGUACCUGCAUCUGCAAAAUGGAAAGGCUGCCACUGUUUCCUCCCGCGCAGGGACAGUGGAGGGUUAAGGGAGCUGAGAGCCACGGAAAGUGCUUUUGCAAGCUGCAAAGAGCUCUAUAAAAGGAAUCAGUGAAUAGUGUCAGCUUGGGGGAAAAUCCCGUCCAGAGCCCGUCUGCUGCCGCAGCAGAGUGCUGAAACCUUGGCAAAUGUCGUUUCGUAAACGUGUGUGGCUUUUAAGGGGGACUGUGCCUCGCUGGGAAGAUGUGUGGCGGCCUGGCCUGAGCGUGCACGAGCCGGAGCUGCAGGGACCCCGUCCUCGCAGGGAGGAGCCAUGCCCGUGGGCCCCCCUGGCUCAGCCCUGCCUCUGUCACCUGCCUGCCCUCUGGGCCUCCGCUUCCUCACGCGGAGGAAGGGGAUGGUGACAAAGGGCCCUUGGGACAGUGUGGGCUGUCCCCAGUGUGGGCUGUCCCCAGGGCGUCUUGUUUGCUGGCCGGGUUCCCCUGUUGCCCCGUGGGAGCCUGGGAGGCCCCAGGGCCUGUCUCAGAGUGACAGUGGGCCUGGGCUGGGGAGGACACGCCUAGGUCCUCAGCCUCCCGCCUCCCUUCCAGGCCUCUGCAGAGGAGGGAGGCCGGCAGAAGCCCCGCAGGUUGCCCAGGCACAGGCGCAGCGCGUGGUGACCGCUGCGGGCCCUCCCAGCCCCUCCUGGUCCCCCAAGGCCCGCCACAGUGCGAAGCGUACUUACAGGUGUGCCCAGGGGUGGUUCCUUCCCUGCCACCGUGCCCACAGGUCCCAGUGCUCCGUCACCUCCAGGGCCUCUGCCCUCCUGCCUCCUCGCUGGCUGCGUCCAGCCCGCCCACAGGUCCAGGCAGAGCCGCCUGCCCCGGGAGGCCCCUCGGGCUUCGCAGGUGGUCCUCCGUCACGCCCUGCGCCACCGAGGGCCCUGCUGCAGGGGCGGCUGCCCGGCCCUGAGGACUUGCCCUGCCAGCAUGGCACUGAGCUCCUUGCACAGGCCAGCCCGGUUCACCCCAGCACGACGCUAGUCUUCACCGCCAUCGUCGUCAUCGUCACCGUGGUCACUGUCCCUUCCACAGACGAGGAGGAACCAGAGGUCCGCAUGGGUCAGGACCUUUCCUGGGGUCACAUAGGUAGGAAGAUCUUUCUAGAGGCGACCCCCUCCACAUCUGAGAUGAUGUCCCUGUGGAACAGCCCAGCACAGGCCAGUGGCCAGCUCUUGCCAUCCUGCCAAACUGCUUUCUCCAGAGGACCUUCCAACUCCCCUUCCCACCAGCAGUGGGUGGCGUGCCUGCCCAGCCCCCUCCCCUCCCCGGGACUGCUUGGGGCCCCUGAAUAGUUGCCCACUGCCGGGAGGGCCAGAGAGUGCAGGAAAGGGCUUUGUCAGAACACCAGCGUGAUGACCCGGGGCCUGGACCGCAGGAGCGAUUCUUAACGAGCUCAGUUCCCAGAACAGAACCUGCAGAGAAGAAAGAAAAGACAGCAAGCAAGAGAAGGGGGGGGGGGGGACAAAAAAGCUCUUUGGAAGAAACACACACAUACCCAGAUUAAAAUAAUAUUUGGCACUUACGUCGCACUUUUAAAAUUCUUCAAACGCUUUAUAAACACUAGCUAAUUAAUUAAGCUGCCUAAAUCUGGCUGCAGUUGGUGGAGAGAGCUCAAGAGGAUCUAAAAAAAAAAGAGGGGGAGCCAGCCCUACCCAACUCCAGAUUUUAUUGUCGCCUGCCCGGGGUGUGAUGAGGCCCUCUGGCUGCACCACAAGAAUAGCCCUGCUCCCGCUUGCCGCCUGCCCGGUGCCGCAGCACCGCCUGAGCGCAGCCCUGGCUGGCUGCUGACUAACCCGGGGUGCUGAUACCGAUACGGAUGGUAACCACGCCAGCCAGGUCCAGGCCUCCCCGGCGCCUAGAGAUGCCAACAGGAGCUCCAUUUCACAGACGAAGACGGGGAGUCUCCGAGAGGGGAUUUGCCUGGAUCACAGAGCAAAUAAAAGCCGCUCCUUCCCCCACUCAUCCAUGUGUUCAGUCAACAGAUCCUUACUGAGGACCCGGGG